UACUACACCGUCUUUCCCCGCUCACAGAAUCUCCUUCUUUUCCAUCUCUCCCUUACUUCUUCAACUAUGGCGUCCUCAGAUACCAAGAGCGCGCCACUGGCCGACGAGCUGCGGGAAUAUGCCGAAUCUCUCGACCCCUCUGUCUACCCCAAGGGUAACAACUUCAAAUGCAACAAGUGCUCAAACUUGCUCAUAGACGGGUGGAAACUGGACUGUUGCAACAGGCUCAUCUGCGGCCCAUGCCACGACGAACUGGAAUUCCCAACAACUUGCCCGGUCUGCGACCACUCGCCGCUUGAAGAAACAGCCUGCGUCAUCCACAAAGCAACGCGUUCGACCAUUCGAGUGUGGCUCUCAAAGCUGAAGGCCAAAGAGGCAAGAAAGGCCGCUGAAGAAGCAGCAGCAGCAGCAGCAGCGACGCCCACAUCGGAAGCUGCGCCGGGACCGUCCGAGCAAUCUUUGGAUCAGUUGGAUAAACAAACGCCUGACCACACUGCUGUUGGCGAUGGAAACAAGGUGGUUGAGAGCAUUGAGGAAGCGCAGGCGACUGAUUCUGCGUCAACCGCCAUGUCCACUUCCGUGGUUGCUGAGAGUGAAAAGUCUCAGCAGCAACCACCUGUCGCUCCAGUCGGAGAGGAAUCCAAUGCUCCUGGGAUAGACUCUCAACCUGAAGGUCAGAGCGGUGAGCCUACUGCUUCUGACGCAGACGUGAAUGGCGACAGCGCCCAAGAUAUGCCUGAUCAGGGUGACGCUGCUCUCAACAAUCAGAUGAUGGAUCAAAACGGCAUGGCUGGUCAGUUUGGCAAUUUUGGCUUUGGACAGAACGCCGCCGGAUUCAACAACAACGGGAUGGGCUUCAAUGGAAUGAACCCCAUGAACCCCAUGUCCAACAUGAUGGGCAAUGGCGCCUGGAAUAUGAACACUAUGGGCUUUGGCAUGAACGGCAUGAAUGGCAUGAACGGUAUGCCCGGCAUGUACAACGGCUUUGGUGGGAACAUGGGUAUGGGAAUGAAUGACAUGUCCUCCAUGAACUACGGAGGUGGCUAUGGAAAUGGCUGGAAUGGCAUGGGCGGUGCAGGCUAUGGCGGCGGGUACAACUCUAUGGCUGGUGGAUAUAAUCAAUCUGGAACAUAUCCCGGCAUGAUGAACCACUUCGCGAAGAAUAAUUUCUCCCAUCAAAACCGCUUCCCAGCCAAUGGAGCUUUUUCCCAGCAGCGCAACUCCAGAAACGGAAGUUUCGGGGGUUAUGGCGCAGGUCACAACCAGAAGUUCAAGAACAACAGUCGGCCUGGCAGUCGAAAUGGCCCCAGCCAAAACCGCGACGGUGAAUCACCUGCUGCAUCUGCACAUGCUGGUGCAGGUGCCGAAGCAAAGACCCACGACGCUGGCGUUAAGACGUCCGCAGAGACACAAGACGAAGGUAAUGGUGAAACUAAUAGUAAUAAAGAGGCUGCCAACCUCGAGAGUGUUCCGGAUGCUGGUGACGGGUCCGAUGUUGCCCCGCGACAUGCUGAGAACUUGACUGAGACAGCAGAACAAGAAUCAAAUGAAACGACUGCUUUGAAGCACAUUGAAACAGUCGAUACUUUUCAAGAUGACGGCUCCGAUUUCGAUGCCUCAAACAAUUACGGCAUGCAAGGUGGUAUGGUAAAUUUCGCGCAUGGUAUGGGAAAUCAGGGUUACCAGCCCAAUAACUUUGGCUAUCGAGGUGGAAACAGUGCUGCAUAUGGCGAUUCAACUGUUCUAACUGGCGAGCCACGAGGCUUGGGUGUAGCAGGUGCUCCUACUGGUCCUCGAGCUAUGCGUGAGGGUAAUAACUUUGCCCGCUCCAACAACUCGCGCUUCAACCCGCCACCUGCCCGAUCUACUCCAUCGCACAGCGUCGCACCCGGCAGUCCCCAGCCAAGAGCUAGGUCGAGAUCUCUUGGACGAGAUGAUACUCUGCGUUCCAAGGACCGGUCGCCUUCGCGUUCUAGAUCUCCAGUAAAAGACCAAUGGCGACGCGACCAAGCCGAUUCAAAGUACCCAGAAGACCGCGAACGAACGCCGGCGGAUAACGAUGUCGAUCAAGACCGCCACCGUCGACAUCAUCGCGCAUCCAAGUAUGACGACCGAGAUACGUAUGACAGAGAGUCAAGGGGAAAUCGCACGAGGAGCGCGUCGGUUGACUCCAAAUACCGGAGCAGCCGCCGUGAUAAGGACAAAUAUCGGUCCUCACGCUCUCAUCGAGACCGCAGCCGGGAGCAUCGACGUCGUCAUCGAACACGCUCACCUAUCGCUGAAGACAGAUACAGCGAUAAGGAUUUCGCGGAGGAUUCGAGCUCCAGGCGCAAGAACCGAAACGACAAGGACAGACACCGGGAUCGUUCUCGCGACCGCGAUGGCUCGCGUGAUAGAGACCGUGAGCGCGAGAAGCGACACCGCAAAGACCGUGAUUACGAUGAUGAUAAGUAUCGCUCGAGGGACAAGGACCGUGAUCGUAGACGCCGCCGAGACCGCGAUGCCGAAGAGGAUGAGCGUGAUUAUGACGACAAGUAUCGCUCCUCCCGACGAAGCCGCAAAGACCGAGACGAGCGAGACCGGGAUCGUGGCCGUGACUAUGACUACGAAAAGGAAACCAGGUCUGGUACUUCAACUCGCGGCGUUUCACCGCCAUCCAAUGCACCUACUGGCCCUUCUGCCGAUAACUUCUCCUUCCGAGGUGCAAGUAGGUCCAAGGCCUCAGCAGCAAUGCCACCUCCCACGGGACCACGUGCAGAUCGAGACAGGAACUCGCGCAAAACUAGCAUCGAUACCAUGUCCACGCCCGUCACUCCCACAGUACAAGAUCACUACGCCGCCGAGCGCGAGCGCAACGCCCGUGAACGCGUCGGUCUAGAACGACCCAACAGCCGCGACAACAAGCACUCGAGCAACAGCAACAGCCGCUCCCUACACUCCCGAACCACCUCUUCUUCUACCCCCCGCUCACCCGCUGUCUCAUCCAAACGUCCCCGCGUUGACGAUGACGAGGAUUUCCCUAAUUUGAAGAAGAAAGCUGCUGCUGUGGCACCACUCCCCCCUACCGCACCGGCUUCGCACCACCGCGACAAACGUAGUAAGAGUGGUGGCGAGGGCACGGGUAAUGGAGGCGAGCUCGCGAAUCUCUUCACAAAAGGUCUCAGGAAGAAGGCUGGUGCGCCUGUUAGGCGUGGUAGUGUCAAGAUUGAUGGCGCCGAGGAGCGUGAGCGGGAUCGGGACCGCAGACGUUGA